AUGAUUUCAGGAAAGAAAAUCAAGUUUUUUGUGUUUGAAGUCCUUCAGUUUGCUGCUCUGUGUGUUCCAACAAUUGUUGUUGCAGAGCGGUUUGCCUCCAUUGUCAUGGCAAAACAUAAACCUGCGGACUUAAAAUCAUAUCAACUCAUAUUGGCCUGUUCAGUGGCUUAUGUUGCAUGUGUAUCUUUGAUUGUCUGGGUUCCAGUGAAGUUUCUGAUGUUCAAGAAGCGCAUUCUGUCCAAAGUGAAAGAAUGGCAACCAGCUUUGCUUAUGCAUUUGAUUUUCACCACGUUGCCUUGCUUUGGGUUUAUAAUUGCUGGCUCUCAGGUACAGUCCGGUUUAACCAACAUCAAAACAUUUUCAGAUCUUCCCGUGUCCCUGGUCUUAAUGUGCUUGAUUAUUGUGAAUAUCAGUGAAAACCUACGUAAGUGGCAGCUGACUGGAAACAUUGAUGGUAAUUGUAAAGCUGAUGUUGUUGCUUCCAAUGGAACUGUGCUCACGAACAUAGAACAAAUCUCAACUGUUUCGACGCAGCAGAACAGAGCACAUGAAGAAAACCAGGCACCUACAAGAGUGACAGGAAAUGAGUUUGCUUCAUCUGCGGCACAAAAUAAACUUCAUAGUGUGUUUCAGUCAAGUGUGUAUUCAGAAAUUGCUGAACACAACAUGUUAGAACACAACGUUCCAAAAUCUCUUAAAGUUUUAGCAGUGAAUGAUUACAGAGCUGAAAUAUUUGUAAUGAGUAUUGUUAAUUGGUUGGAUACUGUAGAGCUUGUGAGAGUAGCAGGCCUUCAAGCUGUGAUCAUAACAGGAUGGGUUUACCCUAUAUACAUAUUCAGCUUUUUUUCACUACUAAGAAUUAUUUUACAUUCAGCAAAUCCAUUUUUACCUUUGUUGACAAUUGCAUUGCAGGAUUUCCCAUUCUUUCUUAUUCGCAUUAGCUUAAUUGGAGUCAUGGGUUUUGUAACCCCAGUCUUAUACCCAUUAAAAAAUAUUAUUGUUGUCACUACAUUUGUUUAUUUCAACUAUGCGUCAAAAGCUAAGUGCUUCAGGCGUACACAACAAUUUUAA